AUGACUGACUCUCGAGAACCGGUGGCGCGAGAUGGCCGGGACAGCAAGGAGCUGAGGGAGGCGAAGGACCCGAGGGAGAUCAAGCCCGACCAGGCGAUCAUCCUCCAGUUGGCGCGUCCGUUUUUGACGCCGAACGAGAUUCUGCACCUUCACAGUCAAACCAUCUCCGACAGCAAAAAGCUCAUCUACAACCAGCGCAAGCAUCUGGUAUACCAGUUUGUGUUUCAGGUGGUGAGACACUUCAAGUUUCCCCUCAGGGUGCUUGGAACUACGAUGAACUACUUCCAGAGGUUCUUCUUGUUCAACCGGUUUGAAGAUAUGAACCCCGGCGACAUCGUUACUGCCCACAUGAACAAAAACCUGACCCUGCUUCAACUGAGUGACUUUGAUCUCAUCAAGGAUAUGGAGAAAGACCCGUUUGUGGUGGCGAUGGCGUGUCUCUUUUUGGCGACGAAAAAUGAAGAAUGUAUCAAAAAGCUAAAAGAGAUCCAGCAAGUGUCGAACCGGAUUCGGGAGCAGGAAAGCUUCAAUGAAGAACGCAAUUUAGACCGGCAAAGACGGGCCAUUAUGGCUAUCGAGUUCAAAUUGUUACAUAUAACCAAAUUCGACUUGAAUAACGGGCUGCCGUUUGAGCUGUUGGAUGUGUUGGUUACUCAGUUCUGCAAACAGUUAGGGGUUGAUUACAAAGGCCUGUUUUACGCCUGGUUGGUGGCAUUUGAUAUCAUCCUGACACCGCUUCCGUUGACGAUCCCCGCCCACUGCAUCGCCAUUGCCAUCAUCACCAUUACCCUUUACAUCAAUCCCCAGGAAGUAAUGACGCUGCACCAGGUGGCUACACCGGCUGUGCGCAACUACGAUGACAUUUUAGACAAUUUGAACUCGGAAGACUUCUGUUGUCCCCAGCUUUUGGUAUCGGAAGCCAUUCUCUACAUUUUGGACUACUACGUCAACCAAAUGAACUACUCCAUUCUCUCAAAGUACAUGCCAGCCAUUGACGCUGAGACAGGCAAGGAGCAGGUGUUUAAGUUCAUGGCGUUGAAGCAGAAACUCAAUGAUUUGGAUGUUCUUGAUCAAUUCUCGUGUCUGACUAAGGAGCUGUUGGAAGACGAUCCCUAUCUUACAAAUUUCGAUUACCUGAUUGGGGUGAAGGGUUGUGCACGUUUCCUCAUGGGUAACAAACGUAAGCGAUUCAACCAUGAGCGCCACUUCAUCGCUCAAAAAGAGAGAUUAGCCAAGAAGGCAGAGGAAGAGCAGCAGCGUUCCGCUGAAGAAGGGUCGUCUGAACCGUCUCCCCGGACUGGUGAUCCAGGUGCCCCACCGCUGGGCCCGGCGAAGGCAGCUCCUUCGGGUCCUUCCAGACCCCCCACCGGUCCUUCGAAACCUCCUCUCGGUCCUCGUGACCUGCGGCCGCCUCCUCGAGGCCCCAAGCAACCGCGUUUCCGCGAUCCUCGGGGCGAUCCUCGGGGCGAUCCCCGUGGUGAUUAUCCGGAAAAGUCUCGCUAUUCGCUGGAGAAUCCUCGUUACCCCUCAAAUAACUCUCGUUAUCCCCGGGAACCCCGGGAACCUCGCGAUUUCCGUGAGCCUCGUGAACCUCGAGACUCUCGCGAGAACACAAGGUAUCCUCCAAAGAGAAGAUAUGAAGACGACGGAUACCUGGAGCAUCCACCGAAACGGAGAUAUGAAGACGACCGUCGUGAUGAUCGCCGUGACGACCGCCGCGAUGACCGCCGCGAUUCAUCACGGUCUCGGUACGAAGACGAACUGAGGGGUACGCCGCUGUGGUAUGGUGACGGCGAUCGGACACCCUCCCCCCAUUAA